AUGUUCUGGUUAACAAAGAUAAACUGGACUUUCUUACAACUUUCUACUCCAAAAUCCAUAUCUACUUUUUCAGGUCCAUACAUCCCAAGCUACCUAUCCAACAUAAUAGGACGGAAACCAUGCCUCCUUCUAGGCGGGCUAUUGAACCUUCUCGCCAUCAUCCUCAUCAUCACCACUCGUAACAUCGCCAUGGUGUAUGCUGUUAGAAUCAUCAGCGGAUUGGGGAUGGGGAUGGUGACAGUCAGUAACUUGGUGUCCACAAAUAUCCGAGGCAUACUCCUAACAUCUACAUCCAUUGUUGGCAUAUUCGGGACCCUAGCAGCCUACAGUAUAGGACCUUACGUGUCUUAUCAAGCAACUGGGUAUAUAGCUCUGGUCAUUAACAUAGUUCAUGUGAUCGGUAUAUUGUUUAUACCGGAGUCUCCUGUUUAUUAUGCCUUGAAAGGUAAAGAAACAGAAACCAAAUCAACACUCCGACUCCUCGGCCGACUGGAUGACUUAGAAAACGUCUUCGAGUCAGUUCAGGACUUGGACCCCAAUGAUGGCCACAGUUGGAAGUCCUGGGUGAAGAUAUUCACUGUGAAGUCCAAUAGAACGUCCCUGAUCAUCACGUUUAGUCUGCUAACUCUUCAGCAGAUGAGCGGAGUGGCAGCCGUGCUGUUUUUUGUUACCACCAUAUUUCAAUUGGCUGGGUCUUCGAUACGGCCAGAUCUAGCCACAAUCCUGGUAGGUGCAACGCGUCUGCUAUCCAGUUUGAUAGCUCCAACGUUAGUGGAGAGAGCUGGAAGAAGAAUCUUGCUUCUAACUUCAACAGCUUUUUGUGCUGUCAGCUUGUUUAUCCUCGGCAUAUAUUUCUAUUUGGAUCGGAUACAGAGUUCCAUCAUUUCUGACAUCAGAUGGCUGCCACUCAUGGCUCUAAUUAUGUACUUCUUCUCUUAUGAAAGUGGUUUCGGCACAAUGCCCUUCGCCCUCGUCGGUGAGAUGUUCAAGGGCAACGCCAGAAGUCCUGGCUCCGCCAUCUCCAUGACCACCGCUUGGCUCAUCGGCUUCCUCAUCGCCACCAGCUUCAACUCCAUGCUGAACAGCAUCGGCGGUGACGUCACGUUCCUCGUAUUCUCUCUCUCCUGUGUCCUGGCUUGCUUGUUCACUUACAAGUUUGUUCCUGAGACUAAGGGCAGGACUUUGAGUGAGAUUCAGCAGAUUUUGAGUGGGUGAUUGAUUUGUAACAAAACAAUCAAAAUGUUUGUAAGCUAAGCUUAGCUUCAGCUUUUCCUACUUAUAUGGAAAAAAGUCAAAUACAAAUUAGUUUGAUUUUAGUUGCCUAUUCCGAAAGUAGCUUUUGAUGGAGAAGAACGGGCAAGAAAAUCCAUAGUUUACUGAAAGGAGACUUGCCCAUAUCCGUCUUCUACCAUCUAUAUUUUAGGCGGAUUUUAUCUCAAUUCCUUCAGCACUUUUGGCAUAGAGAAACGAACAAACUGACUUUCGUAUUUAGAGUAUAAGUGUAUGAUUUCGCCUUUAUAAUCUACUAGCCGUUUUCCCGCGGUUUCACCCGCGUCCCUUGGUAACUACUGCCCGUACCGGGAUAAAAUAUAGCCUAUGUUAGUCGUGAAUAAUGUAGCUUUCGAAUGGUGAAAGAAUUUUUAAAAACGGUCCAGUAGUUUUUGAGCCUAUUUGUUAAUGUUUGGAUGCGGGUGAAACCGCUGGCAGAAGCUAGUAUUAAUAUAUGAGUGCAAUGUCCAAAAUAUGUAGGUACUUUGAAAAUGUUGUUAAUAAGCACAUAUUUAUUCCCUUUCUUAGGCUAUUAAAACACAGUUAUUUAUAAUUAGUUUAUGUUAAAUAUACUCUUUGUUUGGCAAAGCAAAGUUGCAGAAGUUUUGUAUUUAAAUUAUCAUACAUUCUGCAGUUAUUAGUAUUCGUAGUAUUUCUUUACUUAGCAUAUAUGAAACUAUGAAAGUUUUCUCAAGACAUUAAAAC